AUGGCGGAACCGGCCGGGAGCCCCCAGGCGGCCGAGUCCUCCUCCUCCUCCUCCUCGCUGGCCGCGCUGGACCCGGAGUUCCCCCCGCAGAGCCGGCCGCGCUCCUGCACUUGGCCGCUGCCCCGGCCCGAGCUGGUGGCCGUGGUCGAGUCGGAGCCCGGAGAGGCGGCGGCCAGCCCCGAGGAGCCCGGCGGCGGGGUCGGCGGCGAGGCCUGCGGGGUCGCGUCCGGGCCGUCGGGCCCGGGGGCCGCCGCCGCCGCCGGGUCGCGCAAGGGCGGCGCGGGGUCGGGCGGGGCUCGGCGCAACGCUUGGGGCAGCCAGUCCUACGCCGACUUGAUCAGCCAGGCCAUCCUGAGCGCCCCGGACAAGCGGCUGACGCUGGCGCAGAUCUACGAGUGGAUGGUGCGCUCCGUGCCCUUCUUCCGCGACAAGGGCGACAGCAACAGCUCCGCCGGCUGGAAGGCCCUUUUCAACGUGGCUCGUGUUCCUUUGAAAAAUUGGCAGUGCCAGCCAUAA